GGAGCCGUCCCCCGGCCCCCCGGCCGGCCCUCGGCCGCCCCGCGCUGCCGAGCCGCGCCGGGACCGCCGUCCAGCAGGAAGGGCACGAGCGAUGGGGCUCAGCAUGGUGAAGCUUCAGAGGCCCUCAGCAAGGGAACAGCCUGCCCAAGGAAGACAGCAAGGAGUUGUGGUCUGACCCACGCAGCCGGCAGAACAAUGAAGCUGAACGAGCGGAGCGUGGCCCACUACGCCACCUGCGACUCACCCGCCGACCACACCGGCUUCCUCCGCAAGCGGGUGGAGCGGCACCACCACCAUGCCCAUCACCACCAUGCCACUUCCUACCAGCGCCGCUGGUUUGUCCUCAAGGGCAACCUCCUCUUCUACUUCGAGGAGCGGGAGAGCCGGGAGCCCAUGGGGCUGGUGGUGCUGGAGGGCUGCACCGUGGAGCUGUGCGAGGCCGCCGAGGAGUUCGCCUUCGCCAUCCGCUUCGACGACGCCGGCGCCAGGGCUUACAUUCUGGUGGCUGAUGGGCAGGCUGCCAUGGAGGCCUGGGUGAAGGCACUGUCACGGGCCAGCUUCGACUACAUGCGGCUGGUGGUGAGGGAGUUGGAGAAGCAGCUGGAGGAGGCCUGCAAGAGCUUGGCCGCUUGCCGCAAGUCUCCGCGAAGGUCCUCCUCCUCCUCUGGCAGGAAGAGGCACCUCUCCAAUCCCGCCUUGCUGCCCCUCCAGGAGAAGCCCACCGUCCUGGAGAACGGUUACUCCACGUGGGGUAGUGGUGGGGGCACCCUCGGGGGUGCUGCCUGCCCUGACCGUGACGGGGGCCACACGAAACCUCCGCCCCUGCCUCCGCGUCGGCGCUCAGCCGCCAGCAACGCCACGGGCUGCCUGGCGCCCGGUGUCCCGCCUGCGGUGCCAGAGAACCUGGUGCCACUGGACACAGCCUGCUUCUCCAAGCUGCACAGCUGGUAUGGGCAGGAGAUCGCGGUGCUGAGGCGGGAGUGGCAGGAGAGGCAGAAGAGGGGACACCCCUGACCUGGGGCCCAGACAUGAGCCACCGGCCAGACGCUGCCCGGCAGCCUAUCUCCCACACGGGACGAGUGACACGAGGGACUUUGCUUGCCUCCUGCUCUGGUUAGUGCCCGAGUUUGGGAUUGGUGUGUGGUUCAUAGGGUGUGUGGGAGGGACCUAGGUUCUUUCCCUAGCCCUCACAUUUCAUUUCCAUGAGGCCUUACACAGCUGGUGAGUCUGUAGCACCAGGGGAGCCACCCUUCAAGCUCUCCUCCGCUGGGGAUCCAAGAUGUGGAAGGGUCCCAAACCAGCGCAUACGCAGCGAACCACUCACCCAGCGGGCCUGGCCCCUUGCCAUUGCGGCACAGCGGAUGCUCUGCGUGCUUCGUCGGCCUCCUCUCCUUCACCACUCCUGGCUUUUUGUUUGGUUUUGUUUCUCAGAGUGGAAGUUUGCACAGGUCAGUGUUUAUUAUUGGCUGUGGUCUAACGCCAAAGUCCUUUUGCCUUCCCCCCACCCCCUGCCGCAGAUAAGGCUGGGCUCUUACGACAUGCCUCCGGGCCACUGGCCCUGGCGGGUGCCUUGUGCCCCUCUCACCACAGGACAGACACAUGGGAGCCACCACGGCUGCGGCUGGCCCAGCAGCCAGGGCGAUGGGCACUGAGCUCCUGCGUCCUCAUUUCCUUUUUUCACUUCCAUCUGCACUAACCCUCCUCCCUGCUAAAUCCCCCAGGAUGCAGAUUUUACAGUCUUUGCAUCUGUCUCUUUGGGUGCCUGAGCUUGGAACUGAAUUAGAGACACUGAGCCUGGCCCGAAGCAACAACGAGGACCAGGAGUUCCCCAGGGCUGCCGAUCUGGACUCUGUCUAGCGUGUUAAUAUCUCCAGCUCAAGCCUUCCCUGUUCCAAAACGGGGACACUAAAGCCUCUUUGCCUUGCCAGGGGUGAAUUUCUCAGCCUCUGCACAGACCGUAGCUCAAGCAAAGUGCCAUAUAGGGCUUAGGCAGCUCAUUGGGCAGCGUGCCCAAGACGGUGUCCGGAGCUGCACUCUUGCAGGGCCUCUCUCACUGCCGUGGCUCUGCCCAGCUCCUGGCAGAGCCAUGCACUCAAAGGAGAGGCUGUGGAGGAGCAGGGAGGAGAAGAGGGCUGGUCCCAGCAGGAGAAGUGAAGGUGUGGGAGUAAGUUACAGGUAGCACUGACUGUACAUCAGCAGUGUCCGGGCAUGCCUCUCUAGUGUCAAAGCCAUAUCACUGCCUCCUACCAAAGCCAGCACCAGCCUGCUGGUGUUUCCCUCCGGCUUCCUGUCAGCGUCACUCGGCUGAUCUCCGUGGCACAUCCCAUCCUGCCAGCGGGAGAGGAGGGCUGUGUGGAGACACGCCUGACACCGCCACAGAAACUUGUCCUUCAUAGGUCAGAACCCGUGGCUAAGCGGCAGACGCUGCGAGUAGGUGGGUGCCAAGUCCAGGGACUGGAGCACCCUAGAGAGGAGGUUUAUAAAUCUGCCUCAUCCUUUUGGCAAGGGCUGUUCUUCAGAGCAGAAGCAGUCUUGUGCUUCCCGUGCAAGAGCGUUAAACCUGUUUUUAUUGCCCUGUUUUAUUAAGGAGCCUUACUAGGAAAGAAAGAGGCCAUUUCAGGUCAUGGCUGGUAGGAACCUCUUUGCCUUUCUGGAGUUAAACUUGCUCAGCUUGAUACUUUGCAAUAGCCACUAGAGAUUGCCAAUGCAGAAAUCAAAUUACUUCCAUUAACUCGUGGUGCCUUUGAAAAUAUAUCCCUGGUAGUGCUGGAUGAUGAGCUUCUGGCCUCCUGCCUAAUUAUGGCUCUGUGGUAUAUUAAAGGAAAUCAGGCUUUACAUCACAUCUUAAAAGCAGGACUUUGGGCAGUGGGAGCAUAACCUUCCUAUACGAGUGACCCAAUCCAGUCCUCUCCAGCUCAUGCCUGUGCUUCUUCACAGUUAAGGAGCUUCAAGUCUGAGAGUUUGUUCUGCUUUUUAAGUGAGAACUCUUCAAAAAAAAAGGCAGGUGUCCACCGGCCAGGGCUCUUCUCAGUAGCACAGCUGGCUGGACUUGUGGGCCAGCUCUACCUCCUUUCCCGCUGCUUCAAUAGUUCAGUGCUGCAGCAUUCCCAGCUGGGAACCCGGCCCCUUCCCCAUGCCAGGGGAUGGCAACCAGGGCAUUGCAAUACCUGGUGCCUCCUCGCCCUGAGCAUGUGAGUAUUCUGGGGCUGAGAUGACAUUUGGCAAGCAUUUUUCUGUGGGGUUUUUUUAUAAACAGUAAUACUGAGAGAGGAAUAUUCCCUGGUGUCUCAGACCUACAUAAGGCAGUUUGACAGUAAAGAUUUAACUUCUAAAUAAAUCAAAAUACAAUGCUGGCUCCAGCAUGAGACCCAAGAAUCAGGAGUGACUUGAAAGAUAAAUUAACAAAGCCAGUUCUGUCAGAACUGGAACUGAAAGUGUUAUUCAUUUAAGGGCAGUUUCACUUUUAAGCAGCUUAGUUUGUUUUAACAAGCCAGGAUUGUGCUAGUAACACUACUAAAGAGCUUAUAUUUAAUUCUUUAAUCUGUUCCAUUCAAAUGGCACAAUUUCCACGCUACCUGCCUUUGCCUUAGCGCAUAUCCCCAGCUGAAUCCUAAACCCUGCAAAUGAGGAGCUGUGCUCUGCUUUCUGUCUGACAGCUUUUGGAGCAAUUUGGUGGUGUAUUGUGCAGCGCCGAGGAGGAAACGACUGUGUCCUGGGCCUUUGCUGCAUCCUCAAACCGCCAGGUGCACUGCUUUCAGAGCCUCCUCACCAUCCUGCUCACAUAGCAGGGAUGGCCCCUUUGUGAGGAAGAAGAGCCAUCAUUGGAGACAGGCCUAAAUUUGUAUGGAUGUGCCUUUUUUUUUAAUGCCCAUUGCCACUUGCUUCAUUAGGCUGGAAGCCCCCCGAGUGCUCUGCCCCCUCCUCUGAGACAGCAAAAUAAGGCUGAUUGCCACACACUGCUUUUUCUCCAGUCAUUCAGGUUUGGACUGUUUGACCUCCUGCCUUUGCUUUCCCUUAUUGUUUCUUAAAAAUAGAAAAUGUCUGGGCAGCACAAACCAGAUUGCCUAGCAAAGGGGGAGCUGAGUACUAAAGCUGAAUGGCAACUUUUCUCCCAAGUACUGAAAUCAAACGUGCUUCUAAGAGUUUUCUUGGGCGGAAUAACACAAAAGUGAGGAGAGAAAAAUGCUUGAAUCGGAAUGCUUGAAUUUAAAAGGGGAGGGAGAUUCUGACAUGGCCUUUGCAAGCCGUGCCAAGAAGAGCUCCCUAUCCUGUUAAAACAGUUGAUUGACUCUUUCCAUUUUUCUGAGACUUUGGGAUUUCAGACUCAGGCCCUUAACAUGUUGUUUUAUUGAUCUUUUAUAACUGUGAUGAUGCUUUCCACUGAAUCCAGGUCCUAGUGGUACGAGUAACCUAAAAGAUUUUACCCACAGGUACCACUAGCCAUUUGGUGGAUAUUCACCACCAUGGUCAGGCAUUUUCUGUUACAGUAGCAACCGCAUUAAUAAUUUGGGGGUGGGUCACCCUGCAAUCUUACCUCUCUCAGCUGCCUUUGCAGAGAAACUUAAUUACCACAUUCUUCCCGGGGAAUGUGGGAGCUUCCUGCAUCAGGAGCAUCGUUCACUUCAGUCUGCACAAUCACCAGGCAACACGACGAGCAACCUGCAGAAACAAUCCCAUCUUUUCAAGUGCUUAUACUUUAGGUAGAUGACGUGGUGAAUCACAGAACGGUUAAGGUUGGAAGGGACCUCUAGAGAUCAUCCCGUCCAGCCCCCUGCAAAAACAGGUUCACCUCGAUUAGAUCACACAGGAACGAGCCCAGGAGGGUUUGGAAACCUCCAGAGCAGGAGACUCCACACCCUCCCUGGGCAGCCUGGGCCAGGGUUUCCUCACCCUUAUUUUAAGGGGCGGUUUUGCAUGCGCCGUUUGUUUUACACGCGAGUCUUGUGUAAUGCUUUUCGAAACACUGUUACCGUUUGUAUCUUAUGCCGCCGGGACGAAUAAACGGUUGUGGUUUGUA